CCUUACAGUACUAAGAGAUGUGAGAGUGAUCAGUGAAGGCGAUUUAACAUAUUCGACGAGAAGAAGAAAGAGAGAAGGAUAUUGACCAACUAAAAACGAAAUGAGAAGAAAACUUUCUUAGACUGUUUAUGUAUCGACUCACAGCUAUGUUUCACCGGAGUCUGAUAUGCUGUUUGUUUGUUGUGGUAUUGGUAGCUGCGGCAGGAGGAGAGAAGAGCCAAUACAGCGGAGAUACAGUGGAUUACAAAGACUUUCGAUUGCCACAUUUGCAGGAUGAGGAAAACGACCCACAGCAGACGAUACGGAUUAAGACGGUGGAGACGAUUUUAGUACAUGACCCAGGCCACAGACAGAUGGUGUUAGUGGCCGUGCUUGGAACGUGCGUGGGGCUUCUGGGAGGUUUCAUGAUAAUGGUCCUUCUUUUCUGCUGCUGGCACUUCAUGAUAAGGAGAGAACCAGGCAUAUUAUUGUACUUCGACAAGUCCAACAACACCUAUCGGAGCGGUGAUGUCAUUGAUGGAGGAGUCUGAUAACAACAUGGGAACUACAUGAUAACAGAGCCGCGUGAUGUUCCCCAUGAAAAAAAAGAAAAAAAGAAAGAAAGGAAGAAAGAAAGUAAAAAACAUGUACAUAUUUACAGAGAUGGUAAAUAUGUAUCAUGGAGUGUAGUUAUGAAUAUGUGUGUGAAUUUGUUAGCACAUAUCUAUAGGGAUAUGUAAGUAUAUACAAAUUCAUAGGUUAUGUUGACUAUCUGAUUGUAUUUUUUUAUUUAGGAAAUUGUUUUUUAACAUUGUCUAGUCAAUUCGUUUUAGUAUCUAUCUAAAUGUAUUUUAGAUAAGACUCUUUCUAUCUAUCUAUCUACCUAUUUAUCAGUCUAUUUCUCUCUCUGUCUACCUCUUUCUCAAUCUAUCUCUCUCUCUCUCUGUAUAUCUGUUGAUCUAUAUACUUCUCUCUCUUUCUCUCUCUCUCUCUAUCUAUCUAUCUAUUACUCUCUCUCCUUCUCAGUUCAGAUAUGUUUUUCGUUCCCAAAAUAUGAAAAUACAGAAUCAAAAUAAAACAAAAAAUAUA